AAUCUGGCUGUUUUUUCAGUUGGCUGGAAGCUUUUUCAUGUGGAGUGUUGCUGACUCUUUUCUGUAAACUCCCUGCAGGAUAAUGCUGACUCGGUUGAAAGGAAAAUCAGAGGGGAAGCUUGCAAAACAGAUUUGCAAAGUUGUGUUGGAUCAUUUUGAAAAGCAGUAUUCCAAAGAACUUGAAGAUUCCUGGAAUACAGUGAGGGAUGUAUUGAUAUCUCCAUCAUUGUGGCAAUAUGCUGUCCUCCUCAACCGAUUCAAUUAUCCUUUUGAACUGGAAAUGGAUUUAUAUUUGAAGGGCUAUCACCAACUCUUUCAAGGAUCUUUACCCUACUGUCCUAAAUCACUAAAGUGUUACCUCAGCAGAACUACAGACCGUUUGCCUUCAGAAAGACACCAGUUUGGUAACCUGAAAAAAUACUAUCUCCUGAAUGCUGCUUCUCUUCUCCCAGUACUAGCUCUGGAAUUACGGGAUGGGGAGAAGGCUCUAGAUCUAUGUGCUGCUCCUGGAGGCAAAUCAUUAGCACUGCUACAAUGUGCUUGGCCAGGGUAUCUUCAUUGUAAUGAAUACGAUAGACUGAGACUGAGGUGGCUGAGGCAGACAUUAGAAUCUUUCAUCCCACAACCUUUGAUAAAUGUAAUUAAAGUGUCUGAAUCAGAUGGCAGAGAAAUAGGAGAUGCUCAGCCUGAAACAUUUGACAAGGUGUUGGUUGAUGCUCCAUGUUCAAAUGAUCGAAGUUGGUUAUUCUCUUCUGAUCCUCAAAAGGCAACCUGUAGGAUACAUCAAAGGAGGAAUUUGCCUGUUCUACAGAUGGAACUCUUAAGGUCUGCAAUUAAAGCUUUACGUCCUGGAGGGGUACUUGUGUACUCGACAUGCACACUUUCCAAGGCAGAAAAUCAAGAUGUGAUCAAUGAAACUUUAAAUUCCUACAGUAACGUCAUGCCUGUGGACAUUAGGGAAAUAGCAAGGACUUGCUCCCAAGACUUCACAUUUGCUCCCACUGGCCAGGAAUGUGGACUUUUGGUGAUCCCAGAUAAAGGCAAAGCCUGGGGCCCAAUGUAUGUAGCCAAAUUGAAAAAAUCAUAGAGUACAGGAAAACGGUGACAUGAAUUUUGUAAACAAUUUUGAUGUAUAAUUAUGUUUAUGUUUCCACGCUCUCUACAUGCUAAUAUUUAAAUGAUGAUAUAACAAUUUUCCUUUGGUCUGUUUGGAAUCCUAUUUAUUUAAUAUUUUAGCAUUUAGAAUCUAGCCUUGAAAAUUUUUCAGGUGUAUUUUCUUUUCCUAGAAAUAUAUCUGUAGGAACAAUUUAAGGUGAUGAAGAUGGU